GCGGCCCUUUCAUAACCAUAUCUUCAUCACAGUUUCAAAUUUCAAACCUUUAACUUGUGAUGGCUUUCUGUAUUAGGAUUUUAAUCCUGGUAUUAUUUAUCACUUCCUCAUUGGCAGCCGAAGAAGAGUAUGUCAUAUGUGUGGAUCUGCAUGAAGGUGGUCAUGAUUCAGAAUGUGAUUCGGUUUUUACUAAUUUGUCAAUGGCUUUUGAUAAAUAUCGCCUCUCUAACAAUACCAGGUUCGUAAUUUAUCCUGGGACUUACAACUUGCCAGUGAUUGCAUUUAUUCGUGUAUCGGACGUGAUGAUUGAAGGAAGGAUGGGCGAGGUAGUUUUUGAUUGCCAUGAACAAGGAGGGUUAUUGUUUCAAGCUUGCAAUAAUGUUUCACUAAUAAACAUAUCUUUUCAAGAGUGUGGUGCAAAAUUAUCUGAACCCCCAACAGCAAAUGAGCCACUGAAUGCUACUUUACAAUUUUUUCAGUGUUUUGACGUAUCUCUGAUAUCGGUUAAUAUAUUCAAUAGUGUGGGCUUGUCUGUAUUCUUCGAUGGUGCUUUAGGUAUCAACAAUAUUGCCUCCUCAAAUUUUUCAGGCAAUACUUUUGGUAUGGUAUUCAUUCUGCAAUCUAUAACAGGGUCUACUACUAUCAUAGAAGGCACCGUCUUCGAAUUUACUAAAGGGAAUAGCGACAUUACCAAGCAUAUAUUUUUAUUUUCUAAUGAAAGUCAUUACGAUAUUGGUGGAGGACUUAUGAUUAGCAUCGAAAAUGAUGCAGAAAAUAAUAGUUUCAUAAUACGUGACUGCCAGUUUAAUUACAAUAGAGGCAUUUAUGGUGGAGGCAUGUUCGUCAGUAUAACUAGCAAUGCUACAAACAAUUUGAUUGAUGUUAGCAAUACAACUUUUUUCCAAAACAAUGCUAUUCAAGGAGGUGGUGGAGUCAGGCUGCAAGUCUCAUACAAAGAUGAUGCAAUUCCUCAAAGGAAUAACAUAACUAUAGUCAAAUCUCAUUUCAUUUAUAAUAAUGCCACUUUUGGAGGAGGUUUGUCACUCAUUGCAGACCACGGUAGCAAUCAGUUUAUAUUUUUUGAGUCUCGGUGGAUUUCUAAUAUUGCCAAUACUGGUAGUGCUAUUACCAUGUCAUCAUGGGUUCUUGCCUUAUUUAAUACGCUAGUUAUUCCUCAACCACACUUUACCUCAUGUACAUUUUACAACAACACGAAGCUUAAAACAGAAUUGCUUGGAAAAAGUAUUCACUCUACAGGAGGCACUUUUUAUAUUGAGUCUGUUUCUGUUCAUUUUAAACAAAUUAACUUCACUAAUAAUGUUGGGACAGCAGUAUACGCAAUUAAUGGCAAGGUGAACUUUGAAAAAGAUUCUAUUGGUGUAUUUGUUUCCAAUUCAGGUAAUGAUGGUGGAGCCUUAUCAUUGAUUGGUGACUCUGUACUCAUUUUAGCACGAAAUGUUACGCUUAAUUUUACUGGUAAUAAUGCUACUGGUUAUGGCAGUGCAAUUUAUGCCUUUAUUACUAGACAAUAUAAAGACUCUAUGUUUUUUGAUUGCUUUGUUCGAUACAGGAAUAAGAUGGUUUCACCUAAUAAAUGGAAUGUGACAAUUAUUUUCAGAGAAAACAGCAAUAAAAUAAAUGACACCAUAUUUUCAACGGAUAUUAACUUUUGUAAGUAUCAUAAAAAUUCUUUGCUUUUUUGUAACCCUCAAUGGAAUUUUGGGCCUAACACUGAGUGCAAACAAGAAGUGAAGACACUGCCAGCCUUGAUUAAAUUUAAAUCAUCUUACGACAAAGUAGCCACACCUCCUGGUAAUGUCACACUGAUGAAUCUCAAUGCUACUGAUGAUAACAACAACAUUGUAAACUCAUACUUUGUCAUAGCACAGAAUACAUCACAAACUAAAGUUGCCGACUAUUUUCAGUAUGUAUCAGAUGACCACAUUAAGCUACAAGUAUUAUCAGGAUCAUCUUUUUCAAAUGCCAGCAGCAAUCUAACUGAUACUGUUGAGCUACGAACAACAUUUCCUCGUGUAUUAGAAAUACGAGUACCAGUCAUAGCCCUGCCAUGUCCUCCAGGAUUUUUCUUAAGUCCAUUUUCUGGUCUUUGUGAAUGCAGUCAAAGUAGUUUUGGUGGAGGCAUCAUUCAUUGUCUAAAUAAUUUUACAGCACUGAUUAGAACAAGGCAUUGGAUUGGAUAUUCUAAUUAUACUGAUUCUGUAGUUGUUGGUCGCUGUCGGUUUUGUGCUGCUCGUAUAACCAAUUCUAUUAAUGGAUUUAUUACGUUGCCGUCAUCAUUUGAACAAGUAAAUGAUGUACUUUGUGGUGGCGAUAAGCAAGGUGUUCUUUGUACAAAAUGUCAAAAUGCUUCAUUUGCUCUUAAUAUUCUUAAUUUUGAAUGCCUUGACUGUAGUGCUAAAACUUAUCGUUAUACUUGGAUAUAUGUAAUACUGACACAACUCCUUCCUGUUGUCUUAUUAUUUUUAAUUCUACUGUUGACUAAUUUCCAUCUUGCCUCAGGUAAUCUAAAUGGUGCUAUAUUCUUUGCACAGACUAUUACUACUUCACUGGAUAUCAGUGGAAAUGGAGACAUCCCUAUUAAUAGUAUAACAAAAUCAGAUACAAACACCAAGAUACUCCUGACAGCGUACAGUGUGCUUUACAGUAUAUGGAACUUGGACUUUAUUGAGCCUAUCAAAUAUUGCUUGGCACCAAAUUUAUCUAUAAACACAAUAUUUGUUUGGGAGUAUGCUGUUGCAGUUCUUCCAUUGAUUUUUGUUGGAAUAAUUUAUGUAUAUUUCCUUCUUGAUAACAGGAUAAACUUCAAGUGUCGCUUGAAAGUUAAUGCUUGUAUUAGGUUUUAUGAGUUUUGGAAGUCAAAAGUGGAACAAAAGGAAGCUUUAAGGAACAUUCUCUCCUCAUGCAUUAUUCUUGCUUAUACACGCUGUACAUUGAACACCUUAUACAUUCUCAAUCCAACAUAUUUAAGAGAUAAUAGUGGUCAUGCUGUAACUACGGUCCCUUAUUUUGAUGGGUCUACUAAAUAUGGACAAGGCCAUCACAUCACAUAUAUGAUAAUUGCUUUGAUCAUUCUUGUUGGUUUUCUAUUGCCAGUACCUGCAUUGCUUCUUUUCCAUCGACAUAAUCCAGAUGUAGAAAAAGGACAGCCAUUUUUUAAUGUUCUUCUUGCUUCAUUUCAGCAAGAUUUCAAAUCACCUGACAGAGAAAGUAUUGGACCAAAUAAAACUGCUGUGGUUAAAUGGCUUUAUAAUAAAUGGAUUUAUGACAAACGUUGGGUUCCAGGACUCUAUUUCCUUUUAAGAGUAGCUCUUUCUGUUGCAUUUGUUUUGUCUCCUAACUUUUUGAUGCAGGCAAUUAUACAGCAAUUACUAGCUGUACUCAUGGCAGCAGUUUUCUUGCUUUUACGACCAUACAAGUUAGACAAGCACAACAGUAUUGAUGGUUUCAUAUUUUUGCUGAUCAUAAUAAUCAACAGCAUCUCAAUAUACCAGUAUGCUCUUUCAAUGGCUAUGGAGGAUCUCUCACUCACUGCUUUUAUUAUCCAGUACAUUCUUGUUUACAUCCCAAUGGUCUGGAUUGCAUUCUACAUCUUGAAAAAAAUCAAAAGUUCCUGCAAAAAAAGAGGAGAAGGGUCAAAAUAUAUACCAAUAGUAUCAAAAGCCUCAAUUAGAUCCAAAUCUAAAUAUCUUUCAACAGCAAUAUGAUGUGUAAUGUAGUAACUUUUUAACAACAAUGACUCUGUGUGUGCGCGUGUGUGUGUGUGUGUGUGCGUGUGUGUGUGUGUGUGUGUGUGCGUGUGCGUGUG